AUGUCGGAAACGUUUACUGUGCAAACCUCUGAGUUGACCAACAUUAGGGACAAGGUAGUCCUGAUCACCGGGGGGUCCUCGGGAAUAGGACUGGCCACGGCUCAGCUGGUACUGUCGCUAGCAGACACGAACCGCGUCGCCAUCCUGGACCGGGCCGCUGCACCCGCGUCCUUGACUUCAUCAAACAACUCGGACAGAGUCCUGUUCCACCAAUGCGACCUGACGUCGUGGACCGCGCAGAGGGCCGGCUUUGACGCGGCAGUCGCCAAGUUUGGCCGCAUUGAUUUCGUCGUCGCCAAUGUGGGACUCAACGAAAAGGGAGUACAAUUCUUUAGCGACGAGCUGGACGGCGACGGAAAACUCAAGGAGCCGGACCGUAGCGUCCUGGACGUCACGUUUACCGCCAAUGCCGACACGGUCAAAUUGGCGAUUCAUCAUCUCCGCUCCAACAAGAAUGGCGGCGGCAUCAUCAUGAUUAGUAGCUUUGCGGGCUAUCUGGGGAAUGCCGGGGCCCCGUACUACAAUGCAUCAAAACAUGCCAUCGUCGGACUGCUUCGUUCGCUCAAGCCAGAGGUGCCCAAAGUCGGUGUCGCCAUCUCGGUGGUGGCGCCAGCCAUAACAUCGACUCCCAUGCUGGGCUCGCUCGAUGGAAACGUCACCCCGGCGCAGGCCGAGGCGAGACUGACAAACCUUGGCGUCUUGGUGAACCGCGUCGAAAGUGUGGCCCUUGCCGUGGCGCAUCUGAUCAAUCUGGGCGCCGACUCUAAUGGAAUGGGAAUUUUGGUCCAGGGUGAUAGGAUGCGAGACGUGGAAAAAGGAUACGCCAAGAGUAGGUCAACGCUGCUGGGAAAGGAGAUGCUGGACAUGUUUCGACAGGGAUCUGGCAAGGAACUUUAUCCGCGGCUCAAGAUCGAAGCAAAGAUCUGA